AUGUUCAAUUUAAAAGAAAUGAGAAAAUACAAUACGAAGAAAAAUCGAAGUCUUCUGAUUGCACUUUUCACAUCAUUCUUCCUCGUUCAUUUUUCUGUUAAUGUCUUCAAGGUCCAUUGCUACACAGGAACAGAUUCGUUUGGCUGCCCGCAAUAUGGUGUUCCAGAGAAAUUUAUGGAGCUGUGGAAGGGAGAAAAGAAGAAUAUCCUCAAAUCAUAUACUUGUCCGCCACAUGGAAUGGAUACUAUUCUCGUGACAACAACGAGGGAGAAAACUGAUCUUCAUGAAAAGAUUUAUCAGUUUUAUACUAAAAGAGGCUUUCAAGUCCGCUUCCUAAUCGGUUCCUCCGAUUCUCCAGAAACCACCUAUCCCCAUCGCUUCAGAGAAAACUACAUCAUCGGCGAAUUUGAAGAUCGGUACGAAAAUCUUCACUUCAAAACCUUUUCCGCAUAUCAGUUCGUGUUCUUCUGCUAUCUUCAAAACGCCAAUAUCAUCUUUUUGGAUGAUGAUACAUUUUUCGAUCCUUUUGAGAAGAUUGCCUAUGCGCCGAUAACUUGUGGUCAUCAAAGAUUCAAAUCCGAAACGACCUGGAAAAAGCCAUUCGGUAAAUACCACCUCUCCAACGAAGUCUGGCCCGACGACUAUCGCUAUCCCACUUACUGUGGCGGUCCUUGUACAAUCGUUUCCGCAGCUACGGCGGAAAAACUCUACCACGUCGCCAGUGAGAUUGAACUUGCUGACUUCAAUAUGGAGGAUGUUCUCUUUACAGGAGUCUACAGGUCAUUCGCCAACAUUCCCGAGCCAGCUGAAAAUCGAAAACUCUGCCAACAUUAUUCAGGCGAUUAUAAUGCUCUUAUCAGUAAAUAUGAUUCUUACCUGAAUAUUUAA